CACUGUCACUGGCUCGUCGUUCUCGGGGAUCGACCUUCCUGCCUGGCGUGUGUUCGAGUCCUAGCGGAAGUACUGACGUGUUCACACCAGUUUGCUCGAGAGGUGGCUAGUUUAGCUAGCUAGGUAGAGCCGGGUAGUGACAUCAGCGGCCGCAUCAGAAUGUCAGAAGGGGACAGUGUUGGGGAUUCGAUCCAUGGGAAACCAUCUGUAGUUGGUGCCUUCUUCACACGGAUUGGACAGGUCUAUCAGUCAUGGCUAGACAAGUCAACUCCAUUCUAUGCAGCCCGAUGGGCAUCCACUCUACUACUUACUGCUGUCUACAUGAUCAGAGUGUACAUACUACAGGGAUGGUAUAUAGUAACGUAUGCUUUGGGAAUCUACCAUCUCAACCUCUUCAUUGCUUUUCUAUCGCCAAAAGUGGAUCCCUCAAUGCUUGACGAAGAUGAGGGCCCAUCCCUUCCUACCAAGCAGAACGAGGAGUUUCGCCCCUUCAUCAGGAGGUUGCCUGAAUUUAAAUUCUGGCAUUCUGCGACAAAAGGCAUCGUCAUCGCCAUGAUCUGCACAUUUUUUGAGGCCUUCAACGUUCCAGUGUUCUGGCCUAUACUUGUAAUGUACUUCAUCAUGCUCUUCUGCAUCACCAUGAAGAGGCAGAUCAAGCAUAUGGUCAAGUACAGAUACCUACCCUUCACACACGGGAAGAGGACAUACAAAGGCAAGGACGAAACAGGGAAAGCCUUUGCUAGUUAAAAACUCCUACUUAGUCUCCCCCCUCCGUCUCAUUUGAAAUCUGCCGUUCACAGCUGGUGGGGAGUGACAUGGGUUAGAGAUUUUUUGUUUGUUUUUGUAAGUGGAACAGUAUCAUGAAAACAUAACAUGAAAAUACUAGUUUUAAUCCAUGGUUCAAGAUGUUUGAUGAGGACAUGGCAAUAUGGAUCGAAUUAGUCUGGGAAUUUAGCCUUUUUUUCUUUUUCUAUUGAGGACCCCGAUCUUCAAUUUAGGAUUCGUUUGCCUUUGUUCACUAGUAGGUAAGAUCUGACUCAGUGUUGCCUUUCGUAUUUUUAACCCAAUGGGGUAAGUAUAAAAUUAUUAAAGAAGGAGCCACACUGAUGUAAAAAAAAUUUGCAGUGAAUUUAUUUGGUUGAAUUGUUUUUUUGUUUUUUCCCCCUUAAUGAUGGUGAUUCCAGUCCAUGUCCUUAUACCCAACUGAAAUAAAUUCGCCAACUUUUAAAUAAUAUAUCAGUUCUACUUAUUUGUAACAAGUUAUAUAUUGAGAAUCCAGUAGUGUUAAUAGCAAAAUAACACGAUUAGAUGUGUAAUAUAAAAUCUGAAGGAAAUGCAGCAGUCUUUUAAUUGGAAUCAUUUCAUCUUUUUCGACAAACGUGCAGCUGGUUUAGGUGUGUAGGCCAGUUGUCCUCAUGUCCAAAUGCAGACGCUUUGAAGAAAAAAUUGGUCACAUUCCACUUGAAUAUGCAUUCAGGACAGAAUGGACUUAUUAUAUUUCAUCCCUUGAAAUAGUAGUCGGCAUUAAUCUUUCUUGGUUUAGAUAAAUCAUGGAUUGGCUGUCAAUGUGAUUCUUUAUACAGCCCAGAUUACACUGGGAUCAAUAUGGAUGAUUAUCAUUGACUUUAUUUCAAUCUUCAGCCAAACGUCACAACGCUGAAUGCAUAUUUCAAGGCAAAUGUGUCUAACCCCCAACCCAUUUAGUUGCCUAUAGACUGUAGUCUAGCUCUACUUAAGUUCUUAGUACUUUUUUGCUGUUGAGUUAAACAGAUGGGAUACUGUGUCAUUGAGCACCCCUGUAAACCAAAUUUGUCAAUUCAUCGUAUUGGGCAUUUAGAGUGAAAUGGCAAGUUAAUGAAUUUGCUUUACCUCCGAUUUUUACACCAUUUUUUGAAUAAUUAGUCUAAACAUAUUUCAAAGUUCAGAACCAGUAUUCAAGUUUAAUUCCUAACAAGAUCUAAUCUUACAUUAUAACAGAGCAAUUCCACCUCUCUUUGAAGCAUUUACCCAUCUGUGUUUCAAAGUCUGGGGUUCAUUCGAUAGAUGAGCUGUUGUAGUCCUUGAUAAUUUGUGUUUACUGAUUUAAAAAAACGUUUUGGUAAAUAUAGUCAUUCCAAGCAAACUGUUGUUCUCUUUCUUUUGCAGAGGAAACAUAAGAAAACAGAGAUUGAGAGCUUUUAUUAUAACAAAUGGAUGAAGUGGGUGACGAUCACACUUUUUUUUCUUUUUCUAUAAACCUGUUGAUUUUUUGUUUAUCCCAUUUUUAUCAAAAUGCUGGGGAUUAUCUGUCAUUAAUAAACUAUGAUCAGCACUGUAGUAAGGGAUCAAAACAUUUUCCUGUAAAAAGUUUGUUUCAAAUGAUUGUCUGGAGGAUUUGUAUAUACAUAUAUAUAUAUUUUAAAAUAAGAUCUUUUUUUUUUAGAUUAUUAUAAUUUUUUCUUCCAACCACCAUACUGUUUCCUGUUUCCUGUUUUUUUUCUUUCUUUUUUUUCUUUAUCCAUUUAGGUUGAAAUUGACAAAAGCAGAACUGGUUAAUUGGGUUCUUAAUUUGAUUGAUUAAACAUGUUUCUCAUGAAUUGCAUGUUCUUGUUUUCUUGUGCAACAGUUAUUAAAAAAAAGAUUUUAAUAGCUCAAGUGUAAUUUUUUUUCACUCCAAAUGCCAUUAAAGCAGAUGUGUCCCUCCAAACAGUA